AUGGCGCAAAAGGCAAAGAAGGAGCUCGCAAAGUCCAAUGCGGCCGCCCUAACCAACCUCCACAUCGGCGCCGCCGUCGUCCACGCCAUCUUCCUCCUCUUUCACUUCCUCAUCCGCUCCCGCUCCCUGCUGGCCUACGCCCUGCUCUCCGCCCCGAGCUUCGUCUGCCAGUACGUCCUCGAGACGUCCGGCAGGCCCCGCUAUGACCCCAACACCAAGGCCCUCAAGGCCUCGGGAGAGGAUCUCUCCGCCCAGGGCCUGACGGAGUACAUGUUCGACGUCGUCUGGGUCACGUGGGCCUCCCUCGUGUCCGUCGUGCUCUUUGGCAACUGGGGCUGGCUCCUGUGGGCCGUCGUGCCCGCCUACGGCCUCUACCUCGGCGCUGGGCUGUUCGGCAUGGGACGCCAGAAGAUGGCUCAGAUGCAGGGACUCGGGGCGGACCAAGGUGCGCCCGCGCCGCAGGGCAACCGCAGGUCCCGACGGGCUGCUUAA